UUCGAGCUCGAGUGUCGCCACCGGAAACCCCUCCCACUCGAAUCGUUCCAGAACAAAUGCACAAGUCGCACUGUUUCAGCCUCACAUCUUCAGCCACUUUUCUUUCUCGUGACGACGUCGAAACCUAGCGAGAGGAGGCAUCGACCCUGUCUUUCGCGAGUCGGCGCAGGUGCAAGACAACGCUCCCCGGUCUCCGCCGUUGCCCGUUGAGGCGUUUGGUGCACGUUCUUGCAGCAAAUAAAGAGAGUAAGGAGUCGAGAUUCCUCAGCUUCACCGGACAAUCUCGUUUUUGAGCCUUUGCCACGCCGAAGAACAAAGAACGUCGCACUUUUCAGCGGACAAAUCGUACGGGAGCCCGAAGGAGCUCAGCGCUUCGUUACUUAGUAGCUCGCGGGCGGAAGCACUCUCUCGCCUUUCCUAGCACUCUGUAGUGUCUCUGAGAAGAGAGGCGUUGUUCACGACUUGCGUCGUUGCAGGGCGUUCGAGAAAAGCGCAACAAGCUCGCAAAAGUGACGAAGGACUGUCAAAAACGUUGCAUCUUUUCGACCUGAGCGAGAGAGUGACACGCGGGAGGAGUCGGCCUGCGUAGGUGCUAGGAUCUUGUGCAGGCCAGUUGGGGGUCGAACCGACGUCGUUGUGUAAUCAAGAAUCUCUGUUUUCUCUCGCCUUUCAUCUCUGUCUCGAACCCGGUUGUGGUGGCGGCAAAAAGGACAAAAUAACGGGAGUCGCAGGGCGUUUUCGCUGCUCCCUUGGCCUCGCGACACUUCGCUCUCUUUGAAAACGAGCUUUCCUGCGUGUGCUUACGCUGGGGCGCAACUUGCCAACGCCGAAAAGACGUGCUCUCUUUUGUCCCGCUCUCCGUUUUUCGCUGCUUUCUCGGUCGGCACGCACACCUUCUCUCCGUUUCAGCUCACCAGGGGAAGAAUUUCGCGUUGAACGCCUCGUUUCCCCGUUCACACAGAGGCACUUCCCGGCGCGACCCCGGCGGUCGAAACCGCCUUCUCUAAAUUAAUUCGCGGUUCAAAUGCUGUACCCCGCCGCGGUCUUGACUCCCUCUGGGUGAGCUGGAAGUGCGGGAGUUCCACAUCGCUCGACGCUAGAGCCACUGCACAUCGGGAGCGUUGUUCUAGACGUACACCGAAAAGGACUCUCAUCAUACAACGCCUGUGUUCACCAAAGAACACGCAUAGUCAGAUGUAAGUGUGAUCAAUCCCCUCGUCCUUGGAGCAACCAGAAGGUCUUCCGAGGAUGGCGAGGAAGCAGAAAGGCGAAAAGUUUGCGGAGCCACCCGGGACGGCCUCUAGGCCUGGAGACGUAGAGGAGAACGCGCCCAUGAACGGGAAGGAAAGCUCGCCUUGGACCGGCGGGGAACCGGUGGGAGGUAAGCCGAUUCCACCUUCUUCUCGCCUCUCGUGUGAAGCAAGCCAGUGCGACUCAAGAGUUCUCAGCGGAAAUUUCCAGCACGGACCUCCCGCCAAAGCGCUCCAGCCUGCGGGCGGGACAAGUCGAGUAGUCAAGAAGCGAAAGACCGACAGAUCUUCGCAGAGCGGAUCGGCUUCCCCGAAAGAGUCUUCUCGGCAAGAGAAGAAGGCCGUCGGUAGUCGCUGCUCCGCUGCCACCACUCCUCCCUCUCUCCCGAGCUGGGCACAGCGGGAGCGGGAGGCUCUCGAAACGCUGACGGAUGAGUUCUACGCGCGCCACAGACUAUACCUGCGAGUCUGGCCGGUGACCGCGUCUCAGGAGGAAGGGGAGAGCUCGAGGGGGAAGAAGAAGGGCGAUGAGGACGAGGCCUCCAAGUUGAGACAAGAGCAACUGAUGAACAUGAGAGUCAUGCUCCACGACCGCGUCGCGGAAAACCUCUCGUUCACAUGCACACAGUACAACAGCCCGCUGCAACCUCCACGGAACCGGUGUCUCCCGAGUUUCUUGAAGCCACGCGGAUACCGAGCCUGUCGCCUCGCAUGCACUGAUGAAGUCAAUCUCUCCGUCACCACCACAGGGACAUCUGAGGACCCCGAAUGCGACAACCCCCGAGAAGGCGACGGCGGCGCUCCCCACGGCGAGGAGACAGCAGAGGAGCUCCUGGAGGAGGCAACAGAGGGAACAGCAGAGGGGGAGGGGAUUAGAAGGAAGGGCAGUGUUGGUGAAGCCGAGUCGAUUGAAGCGAGUGGAGAAGACAAGAUCAACGAGCUUCAAAAGUCGCUUCUCGCGGAUGGCUUCACAGGCUGCUGGAUUCUUUUGCUCUCUGAGAAAUACAUCCCGCCCGCAGAGGAGCCCCACCUUCCCCCGCCACAGGGCCAGGAGCCCCAGAGGCCCGCAGAGAGCCCCGCAGGAUCGAGAGCUGGCAGACCUUCCGCGGACCACGGGGACGCUUCUGUCUCUGGAGGCGGCCAUUCGAACGGGAGUGGAGACACGCAGAAGCCCGGAGGCCUAGAAACGUCUCCGACGCCUCGUGUACGGAGAGUGAUUGUCUGUGGGGCUUUGGUGGAGGUGUAUUCGAACAACGAGAGACAGAUCUCUGCCCUUUGGUGUCUCCCCUGUUUGUCUGCCCAAUCCACGCGGCUGUUGCUCCAAGCCUUUCUGCCUCGGCUGGUCGUCGAGGCGCUGAAGCUUCCGGACGUCCUCCCGCCGCCGUCUGCGGCGGAGCCGAAGAAGAAGAAGAGAGCGAAGGGUCCGGGCAAGGGGGGCGACAACGCGGGCUCUGAGAGCGAUCUGGAGUCUGUCGCAGCGAGCCUUGGGGGCGCGGAGAACGACGGCGAGGAAGGCCCUCCCGCGCCGAUGAAGAGCGUCUUUGCAGUCUGUGAAGACACGCUUCUCUGGCCUCGCCAGGCUCUCUUUCUACUCGCGUCCCCCACAAAAAUGGACUUUCUGCGACAUGUCGAGCCUCUCCAACCCCAGGCUCUUGUUCCCCCAGGUCCUGACGAAGAAGCGCAGCCUCAACUGCAUGUGGACGCGGGCCUCGGACCCCAGUGGCGCGACUGUAACUGCCGCCGGCGGUUUCACGCUGAGGCGCAGAGGCCAAAGCCUCAAAGCAUGGAACCAGGCAAAGCCGCCAGCAGCUGGGGUGCGAAACACACUACGCAGUCGCCGAACUUCCCAACAACAACGCAGGCGCCUGAUACCUUCCUCCGCUUCUUCUCAGUUAGCGAACUGUGGGCGGCGCGCCUGAUGCCCCCGAAGGAGGCCCGCGCGCGCCUCGAGGCCGCGGAGACACGGGGGCCCGAAGAGCCCAACGACGCACCGGAGACACGGACGGAGCCCGAGGCGACGCCAGGGGCUGUGGCGAAGAGCGCGAAGCACUUGAAGACCAAAGAAGAGCAGAGACACGCGAGUGUCUGGCCUCUCUUCUCAGACGGAUGGGCCAGCUUGGUGCCGAAGGAAACAUGCGACCAGCUGGUCGAAGAAAUCUACGGAGGCAUGCCCUACCUUCGGCAGUACUUCGAUGAAGACCCUCAAGAAACGAAUGUGGCUCGAGACGAAAUGUGUGGCUUAACUGAAGACGAGUGCCGCACAAUCCUGCAGUGGUGAAGUGGCCGCGAACAAAGCAUAAAAAUGUGCUGGACCAGUGCCUCGACCAUCGCAAUCGAUAUCCAUUUACACGCAUAUUUCUGCAGAUACAUAUAUAUAUAUAUAUAUAUAUAUGCAUUUACAUAUGUGUAUAUGCAUUUAUAUACGUGUAUAUGUAUAUAUAUAUAUAUAUAUAUCAACGUAUGCCUUUGUACAUAUACGUAGAUAUAUAUAUAUAUAUAUAUAUUGAUGGAUCGUUCAGUUUCCGAGGCACUUGGAAGACGAAGACUCAUCCCAUUCCUUGUAUCCCGCGGUAGACUUGCACGCACAGGGGUUCCGAAGGUGGGCGGAAGUGUCUUGCAGGAGUGGAGUUCUUUCAUUUGGAGAGAACGUGUUAUUCGCGUUUCUUCGACAUGGAACGUUCGACCUCGCUUUCGUUCUUGUAGGUCUACGUUUGUGACAAUGUAUAUUUACAUGACUAAGAGACAGACGCAUAUUCACAUGUCUACGAGCACGCACAGUCUGCGGUGUCGUGCGGGAAGCGAUUCUGCAUCUGAGACGAUGAUGCUGGCUCCGAUCCUUUUACGCGAGUACGACUCUGAAAAAAAGGGCAGUUGAGCGCGUUUCGAAAGUGCGAGGUUCGUGGGCGACUCUGAAGUCUUCAAGUGGCUUCAGCUGGUGCAAGACAGCACCCUGACGCGGACUCUGUGGGCCAGUGGAUAUUUUCGACAUUGCAUUCUUGUUUGUAGUUGGUAGUCGCGGAAGCCGCACUGCUUGCUGCGCUCCAGUGUCCCUCUGCAGGGGGAUAGCGCAGAGCAGAAACACCGAUACAAAGCGAUGAUGUGCGGCAUGCCUCCUUCGAUUUUAGAUGAGAAUGCUUUUGGAGGACAAUUACGUAGUCUUUUUUCUCUGGCUCUUCACAUGCAGUCAAGAAGCGUUCCAGAAGAUAACGGUGCAGCUAUAUUUCCAUGAUUUCCCAGAUGCGCGCAGAAACUCCUGGACGGUCCAACGCACCCCGGUGCGGUACCAUUUGAACUUUUUCCGCGAGGCCUUGCUGACGCCUCGGAGUGUGCAGAACUCACUGAAUGACAAAGACUGGUUAACUCCGA